AGCGGGCUCUUGUCAGUCGGUCCCUGGGCGGUGCGUUGUGACAUCAGAGGGGGAUCUGGAGCUACAUUGUUGCAGAGUCAGCUCCAGAGACCCAGCGAUGCCCCCGGUGCCACCUCACAACUUCUCCUGGGUGGAGCCGGGGCUCUUGGCUGGCAUGGCGUUGCCGCGUCUCCCGGCACACUACGAGUACCUGUACGAACACGGCAUCCGGCACCUGGUGACCCUGACGGAGCGCAAACCGCCGCACCACGACACCUGCCCCGUAAUCACCCUCCACCGGAUCCGCAUCGUGGACUUCUGCCCACCCAGCCAGGAGCAGAUCAGAACCUUCCUCAAGAUCGUGGACGAUGCCAAGGCCAAAGGAGAGGCGGUUGGAGUGCAUUGCAUGCAUGGCUUCGGACGGACCGGCACCAUGUUGGCGUGCUAUCUGGUGAAGACGAGGAAGAUCACCGGUGUGGACGCCAUCAAUGAGAUCCGACAGAUUCGCCGCGGAUCCAUAGAGACCACCGAGCAGGAGAAAUCAGUUAUACAGUUUCAUCAUCACAUCAAAUAAUGACAGAACCGGAACCGCCGACCCAAC